AUGAAUAACCCACUUCAAAAGUUGUUCUUUAUCCUUCUAUUCAGUCCUUUGCUUGGAAUGUUUCUUCUUCAGUUAUUCCGGAUCUUAAAUACAGAAAUGACAGAUUCUGAAGAACUUUGGUUACAAAUGCAACACAAUCGUAGAGACACCUUGAAUGCAACAUGCCUGAACAAGACUUUGUCAAGAUCAGAAUGGCAAUUGGAGCAUCGAGUUGCUCAGCAGCUCUUUGUGGAUGACUAUCACAAAUUUAUUUACUGUUCAGUGCCAAAAGCUGGCUGCUCCAACUGGAAGAAAAUCCUUAUUCUCCUCAAGCUCAACUUAAGCAGGGAUGUAGCUGAUGUGAUCCGUGGGAUGGUUCACAAAACAAAUCUCCUCAAGACGUUGAGUUCUUACUCUCCUAAAAAACAAGUAGAGCUUUUGAGCACCUACACUAAAGUGAUGGUCACUAGGCAUCCUCUAGAACGAUUGGUCUCUGCUUACAGGGACAAGUUCUUGCAUCCUAGUGGCUACUACAGUACUGUAGUGGCAAAUGAGAUCAAAGUGUUCUCCAAGCGAAAACAAAAUUUCACAGAAAAUGUGACCUUCCAAGAGUUCAUAAACUAUGUAGUGACAAGAAAUCUUAAAAAUAUGGAUGUACAUUGGAAGCCAAUGUUUUUGCUCUGUGAUCCCUGCAAUAUCCACUAUGACAUUCUGGGGAAGUUUGAGACAUUGUCUGAAGAUGCUGACCGUGUUCUCAGGAGAAUUAGUGCUCCAGAGAGUCUCUACUAUCCAGAUUCGAAGUCUCAUGCUUCAGAAAAACGGACCAACAACGAUAUCACUCUAGAUUACCUGAGGAAACUGACUUUUGACCAAGUACGGAUGGUUAUGGAAGCUUACCAGAUAGAUUUCUCUAUGUUUGGCUAUUCUUUUCCUUUAAAAACAGGUUUUUUCCUGUAA